AUACUAGUAUUGUUUCUAACUGAAAUAUGGUAGUUUCAAAAUUCACGCAAGUAGGGAGGACCUGCUCGUGCGGUACUUAUGUGUAGUUAAUCCGAUGAGAAAAUAGAAAAUGUGAUAGUGAAAUUAAAACCCAAUAAAAUAGUGUCAUCUACUUCUUUAAACAAAAGGAGCAUAAAGAUUUCUUCCAGUAAAACUUCAGUGAAUUGUGGAAAAUAAACCCUUACUUCCUACCCUCUUGGCAGGAAUAAUAAGUGACCUAUAGUCAAAAAGACACUAAUCAAGAAAGUUACUAAAAAUGGAGUGAAAUCUUCAAAAUUAAUUGAACUAAAAUAAAAAUGUUAACAUAAAAGUAUUAAUUAGAAAAAAACUACCUUUCUACCGUAAUACUACACUAGAACUCAAGAACUAUGGUUGUGGAAGAAUGUAGCCUUCCGUCAAAAUCAACGUUCAAACUUUUGUUGCCUCAAAUCAUAGCCUGCUUCAUCAAAAACUAUGCAGUCUUCACCGCUGGCCUCGCAACUCAGUUUCCUACGGUUAUAAUUCCAGAACUUACAGGAAUUGCGCCUACAGAUGGUUUCAAAGAAACCCUUAGCAUUACAAGCGAGGAGUCAUCAUGGUUUGGAAGCCUCACGUAUAUUUGCCAGCUGAUAGGAUCUAUCAUUGGCGGUCAUGUGAUUGACAUAUUUGGGAGGCAGCGAAUACUUCUCAUAAGCAUCACCCCCUCGGUCAUUGCAUUCUUAAUGUUCUACUUUGCGAAUUCGGUGGUUGUACUGUUUGCUGCAUAUACAAUAAUAGGCAUCAGCAACGGAGUCCUUCUGGUGGCGGCGGUAACUUACACUGGCGAGACUUGUCAAGCCAGCAUCCGAGCCGUAAUGCUGAGUACCGCAACAGUUUCAUAUUCAGCGGGAAGUCUUGUGUUAUACACCCUCGGUUCUCUCACGAACUGGAGACUGGUAGCUCUCAUAUCGACAAUAUUUCCAAUAAGCAGCUUCCUUUUGGUUCUAACAGUGCCGGAAACCCCUAUAUGGCUGCUAUCAAAAGGAUAUGAAGAGAAAGCGCGUGAAACCCUGCAAUGGCUUCGAGGAUGGUCCACCCCAGAGUUCGUCGAAGAGGAAUUCCAAUUGUUGAAAGCGAGUAUCGAGGACAACAGCCAAUACUAUUCCGAAGAGAAAAGUGAAUAUCUCAAAAUAAUUGAGAAAUUCAAGGACUUCACAUCGCGUUCGAAUCUUGCUCCAAUCUUCAUCACCUUCCUCCUCUUUCUAAUUUGCCAAUCAAAUGGUAUCAUCGCGAUGACUCCAUUUCUGGUUCAAAUAUUCAAGGCUCUCGGGACAAAUGUGGACGCAAAUUGGAGUACAGUGGUCGUAGCGAGCGUAUCCUUGGCAGGGACGAUAAGCUGUGCGGCGACCGUGAAAUUUCUAGGCAAACGGAAAUUAUGCUUGGGAGGAUUAACUAUGUGCUCAGUAUCUUGUGCUUUCUUAGGAUUCUACGCUUUGAAGGAGUUGCCAACCGGAUGGAAUUCCUUCCAUUUACCGCCAGAUGUUGAGGUGAAAAGUAGCUGGAUUCCGCUAGUGUGCAUUAUGGGACUGUUUUUCUUUACGAGUCUGAGCAUUGCUGAUAUUCCGUGGAUGUAUAUGGCCGAGUUAUUUCCUUUCAAAAUCCGAGGCUUCUCAAAUGGAAUAAUAUUGGCAGUAGCCCUACUAAUUGGAUUUGUGAACACUAAAGCUUACAAGGACUUAGAAGUGGGAUUUUCCAUCGGUGGAGCCAUGAUUUUCUUCUCUGUUUUCACCAUUAUAUUCAUCCCAUUAUUAUAUUUAUUCUUGCCGGAAACCGAGGGAAUAAGCACGGAUGAUAUUGAGAAAUUCUUCUCUCAUAAAAAUCACAGAAUUACUCAAGUGAAUAUAAAAAAAUUUCUGGAGUCAGAAAAACAAAAAGAAAGUAAAAUUAGUAAAUAAGCAUAAAUUAUAGUAUCUAAUGGUUAGAGAUAAGAAUUUUAUGGAUGUAAGUGUACCUAAAUGUAUAUUAUUCUACGAUACCAUAAAAGAGAUUUAUCGUA